UAUUCGAUUCUCCUCCUCGAUCUUGGCUCCUUCUAAUUUAGGGUUCUUCUCUUUCCGUGCACGCUUUCAUCGUCUAUGAUUUUCUAGCUGUAGGGUACUCGACAUAAAUAUCAAUGAGGAAACCUUGCUGUGACAAGGGAGAGACUAACAAAGGAGCAUGGUCCCGGGAGGAAGACCAGAAACUCAUUGAUUACAUCCUAAAACAUGGUGAAGGUUGCUGGCGUUCAAUUCCUAAGGCUGCUGGGUUGCCUCGUUGUGGUAAGAGUUGCAGACUGAGAUAUAUAAAUUAUCUAAAGCCAGGUCUUAAACGCGGCAACUUUGGUGAAGAUGAGGAGGACUUGAUCAUCAGGCUUCAUACACUUCUAGGGAACAGAUGGUCACUGAUAGCCGGAAGAUUGCCGGGAAGGACAGACAACGAGGUAAAGAACUACUGGAAUUCUCAUAUAAGGAAAAAGUUAAUACAAAAGGGAAUUGAUCCCAAUAAACCACAUAAUUAUCAGCUGGCAAGGAUAGAAAUUUCUUCUUGUAGUAGUACUACUGCAAAAUCGAAGUUCCUGUCCUCCAAGAAUCAGGCAUCUAAGCUGCCAGACUUGAAUCUUGAUCUUACCCUAAGCACUCCAAGCACUCGUGUGGAAGAGAGCAAAGCAUAGAAAACUUGAAAAAAAAAA